AUUUUAUAUUUUUGAAACAUACACAUUUGUAAAACCGCCUGCGUUUCCGACAACCACCCUUAGUGGGUCAGUCAGUGUGCGAAAAUAAAAGAAUCCUGUUGCCAGUUUAUCGCAUAAAAGAAAGAGCUGCUUGAAGCCCCGCUUCUUAAACCCCGCUUUAGAUGAAAGGCUUUGGUCUUGUUACACUUGGGGCCUCGGUACUUGGUUUUAGCUUGAAGGGUUUGCUUGUCGCCGUGUGAUUUCAUUCAAGCAACAAAGCGCAUACCAUGCAUAUCCCUCUUUUCCUUACCAUUGUUAUAGUAAUUCUAAAUUUCUUGUAGUCCAAAUUGUGUCGCGAACCUUAUUCUUAUUUCCCAUAUCUGUAAUAAUUCAUUUACCUGGUCUUCUGCAUUACACGAUAGUCGCAUGCUCCAAGUUUUACCCUUUCCAUUUUAUGACUCGUUCCUGCAAUUAUCCGCGCGUACGAAAAAAAAAAGGUUUUUUUGCCCAUCGCGAACCGCGGAUACGUUUCAUGUUUGUAAUAUUAUGACGAUCAUAGUGAGCAUCGUGAUCAUCAAUUCACCAUCGGCAUCGCGGCCAGUGCCCCUGUAGUGGGUGCACGCCAAUUGGCGCGAGAACAGCGACGACAGUGAAAAUACUUUAAGGCCAUCAUCACCAUCAUCAUACUCGUCAAAAGAAGCAUCGGCAGCAGCCAUGGGCGGCGCCUUCAGGAAGGAAAUCACGGACCCGCGGACGGGGCUGACGGAGAGAGAGCGGGCCACCAUAUUGAAGACGUGGAAGCGGUUCCAGGCCGCCCACAAGGACUACGGGGAGCUCAUCUUCCUGGCGAUGUUCGCGCGCCACCCGGACUACAUGGAGCUGUUCCGCCAGUUCCGGGGCAAGACCCUGGCCCAGCUGCCCGGCGAGGCCCAGUUCCGCGCGCAUGCGUGCGCCGUCGGCUACCAGCUCAGCUGCAUGGUGGACAGCAUCAGCGACUCGGUGCUCCUCGAGGCGCUCAUCCGCAAGAACGCCAUCUCGCACCUCGAGAGGCAGGGCGUCCACCCCUUCCACUUCCAGUUCUUGCUGUCCGUGACCGCGAAGGUGUACGUGGAGUGUCCCGCGAGCGCGGCCACUCCUAGGAAGGACAGCGGGCCCGGGCCUUCGGACGACCUGCCUGCCGAAGCGACGGGGUCUCCCCGCGGAGCCUCACCGCCGGGAGGCGGCGGGCAGCAUUUAUGCACGCCGCAUUUAUGCACGCGCCGCAUUUUAUGCACGCGCGCGUCUUUCAUAUGCCAUUCAGUUAAAAACUUUCUUUCUUUGCCCGCGAACGUUCCAGGUGUGUCUGAAAAUCUGAGGAAAAAAUGCAAGGCAUGCUGCGUGACUGUGUGAUGUGGCAAAUUGGGGAGCAACACCAGGGCGAAAUUUCUCCGUUUCCCAGCGGACUGAGCCUCAGUGCUUCCUUCAGUUGAUAGUCGGCGUUCGUGUUGUCCACUUCUGUACUCUUGUGUCCUGUCUGCACGCCUCACUUCUAUUUUGCAUAAUGAAGUACGCCGACCCUGUGCCGGAUGCGCCGAGUGUUGUAGUGGAAGAGUGGUCCCUGAUCGAUGAAGGUCCUACACCGUUGCAGCGAAGCCAAAAGUGGAACAUAUGCUCACCAGAGAUCGCAGGCCUCAUCAGCCGACUGAGAAAUGAUACACAAAGGCAUCGCAAGUCAGCAAAGUUAAAGAGCUGCCGAAAGAUUACCACGAGAGAAGCACUAGAGAAGUUCAUGUAUAAUGUGAGCGCAGAGUUCUACCAGCUCCUUCAGUGGUGCCAGGUGACGCUCCAUUAUCGCAAGAGGAAGGGAAGGACACGGAGAAAUGUUCUCCGGAGCAUGUUGGUGUGGUCGCGCAGUUGUGCGGUGUGUUCACUGUGUUGAAAGAUAAGCUAAACAGCAGUCUACUAUAAGAAAUAUCUUGCUCUAAUAAAGCUCGCAUAGACCCGCUGCAGUAGUUCUACUAUGCGUGGCUUAUGCUGCACAUAAAUGACAUCGACCGGGAGCUCAAAACAAAAAAAAAGCGUGAAAGUCCGCCGCAAAAACAAAGCUCCGGAAGCUUGAAAAUUGGGAAAGAUUUCCUUACUCAUGUUUCAAUCUUACUGUAAUUCUGAUAGUUCUUAGGGCGGAUCUCCUGAUAAGCCUGUCAUUACAAAAUAUUUCGGCAUAUUUCAAUAUUUGCAGAAACACCGUGCAGCGUAUUCUUUCUCCAGGCAACCAUUGCUCCCACACUUGCACCUUCCUCUUUAAAAAUUAUUACGUAGUUACCAUACAUGGCUCAUGGGAUGCCAGAAUCUUCCUGAGCUUACUUCAGUAAAGUUGUGCAAGUAAAGAUGUUGCUCGACACUCGACUUCAGUGGUUUAAUUAACAUGGAAAAAGUGGGAGGGUGCUGAUACGAGCCGCAGCAGUUUUGUAAAGACAGUGACGCGCCAAGUGACGUCAGCAGGGGCUCUUAAAAAAAGCGAGCCCCUUUCAUGAAUGCAGCCGGACAGCAUUCUAGUUGCCACCCAAUAAAGUACAACGCAGCCUUCUUAUCGCUUCUUUUUUUCUUGAAUCCGCGAACAUCACAACUGGCGACGACGGUGGCGGGAGCAAGGCAAUACACAGGAAAGAAGCGCUGAAGCUGAGCAAGCAAGCAUCGAGGCAACGCUCUGAGGAAUGCUAGGCGCACCCGAACCUAUGGCACAAGGCAAAACUUCCGAGAUGGCAGCCUCCGGUCAGAUCGGUCAAGUAGAAGCCUUCAAAAAACUGUGAGUGACUGGAUACAUUUACGAAGAACGCCCGAUUUUCUCUUUUGCGGUGAACAAGGUUCCCGAAGAUCUCAAGGUGCAUGCUUUGCUAAAAAUUACUGGGCCUAAGUUGUACAGCCUCUUGAAAUCUCUGGCCCCGCCAGAUAAGCCGACGCAAAAGACGUUCAACCAACUAACAGAACUGCUUCGCAAUCACUUCACUCCGAGAGUGUCUGUGAUCGGAGAGCGAGCGAAAUUUCACAGAGAAUGUCAGCUGCAACAUGAACGUAUCGCACAGUAUGUAGCUGAGGUCAGAAAACUCGCUCAAACUUGCGAAUUCGGCGCCUUUUUGGACGAAUCGCUCUGAGACACGUUUGUGUGCGGUUUAUUCCGUACCGACAUUCAGCGAUACGUAAUUGCAGAAGGUAAAACGCUGACUUUCCAAAAGGCCGUUGAGCGCGCACUGGCUCUGGAUGAAGCCAAGAAAAACGUUAAGGUAGCGUACGCGAAAGAAGCUGCUGAUAAAUGGCAAAAAUGGGCACCGAAGGCCAAACGAAAAGGAAGCGAUCUUUCGAGUGUUAUCGCUGUGGCUCUGACAAGCAUUUUUCCCGCGCUUGUCCGCAUAUCGCCGAUAAGUGCGCAAACUGCGGCAAGAAGGAUCACAUUCAGCGUGCCUCUCGUGGUCCAAAACAGAAGCCGGCAAGUUCCGGGAAGUAAGUGUGCACUCUUCAUAGCCACGACCCGAGUAACGUCCAGAUGAUGUCUCAAAUAACCCGGUGUCCCAUCAGCGCCGAAGUCUAAAUUCAUGGUGUACCCUCGCGCAUGGAGUUAGACACAGGUGCUACAGUGUCUGUGAUAUCACGGCAACAGUUCAAGAAGCUUACACCAUCUUUGAAGCUGGAACCAAUAGCACAGCGACUGAGAACGUACGCAGUUGUCCAAACCUGUGGCGUCUUCAACGCGGCCGUACGAUACAAGGACCAAGUCGGUGACCUUCCGUUGUACAUACGUCGUAGACUACGGCGGACCAACUCGACUAAGACGCGAGUGGCUCGAAACUUUUCGCCUGGACUGGGACGAAAUGUGCGGCUUACGCAAGCUGCGCAACGAUUCGCGCCCUGACGCAUGCCAAGGGCACGCGAUUGAGAGCACUCCUCGACAAAUACAGCACCAUUUUUGACGACACCCUCGGCAAGAUAGGCGAGCAAGCUACCUUGUUUCUUAAGGAAAACCGUCCAAUGUUCCUGAAAGCUCAAAACGUGCCCUACACGUUACGUUCAGAAGUGGAGGAAGAGCUACGAAAGCUACAGGAAAUGCGUGUCAUUAUGCGAGUUUACAUUAGCUAGUUUGUCACACCAAUUGUACCGGUUAAAAAGGACAGGACGCUACGUGCGUGCGGCGAUUAUAAGACAACGUUGAACCCUGUUCGAGAUGCAGAGCGGAACCCUCUACCUAGGCUGGAUGAGAUACUAGCUGCGCUUGCGGGAGGGCGGUACUUUUCGAAGCUGGAUCUAAAUAGGGCAUACGAACAGGUGGAAAUGUCCGCAGGCUCUAAAAAGCUGCUCACGUUAAAUACGCAUGAAGAUCUGUUUGUGCCGACAUGUCACAUAAUAAAAAUCUUUUUUUUUUCACCUACGCCAGCCAAGGUAACUACGUUCUCAUUCAUUUUUUCUACUUUGACUUUUAUUUGCGAGGACACAUUGAGCCUCUUCAAUUUUUUUUUAUUCUCGCUACCCUACCGCGGGCUGCGAGAGCCAGCCAGAGCGCAUGCGUCUUUCUUGUGUUGCCCCAAAACCACCGCGCGGCGCACUUCGGUGCGCGUGUGGUUUUCUCUGGCCGAGUGAAUUUUCGCCUGGCAGAGUUUUGGACGCCUUCUUGCAAGCAGACAAGAAAAAGAAACAAUGGUCGCUCACCGCCAUCACUGUGAAGACUUGGUAGAUUACACCGUGUUCGCUUGAGUGCAACUUCUCCGAAAGGUCUUGUCUCGCCGGUGUAGGAUACCAAGAAAUAUGCGUAUGGGCUCUCGGUGGACCAAGCGUCUCACAUUUUCUUCGAUAUUCCUUCGGUAGCCCCACUAGGUGCCCAAAGUAGGCAUUCGAUUGUGGCCAACAUACUAUGCGUUUGUUCA